AUGAGCGGCAAACGGCGAGCCGGGGGGCCAGUGCGACAGUUGAGCCUGCAGCAGUCGCAGAGGAGGCAGCUCCGCAAGCAAGCGUCAGAGGAGAGUCCUAGAGCGCGUUACUGGGGGGACCACGGUCUGCGUGUGUUAGCCAGCUCUCUGGUGUCACAGGAGCCGCCGCUUCCACGACGGGAGGCACAGCCCGUGGUGGUGAGGCCCAGGCCGGUGAGGAUCGCGUGGACGGAACGUCGUCAAGUCUCCUGUGAAGGCGAUGUCCCGGUGGGGGUAGUGGUACAGCGAUGUAAGGGGCUUCCCCGCCCCGUCACUGCGAAGCCCGCCAAGACCGCCGCCCCGCCGGACACGAUCCUCUACUCCCGGCAGCAGCUCGCCGAGAGACUUCGUAUUGCCUGGAGGGAUCGUCAGGAGCGACCGAAUCUUGACAUUUUCUUAGCUCACAACAGCGUCGACAAAGGGGACGAAGACGCCGUCCUGAGUGUCAGAGAAAUCGUUACUCAAGUGGAAAAUAACUCUUUAAACUGUAACGAAGACUUGAAAAACAGCAAUUUCAAUCCUCUAUCAGACAUAGUAAACACGAACUUCACCAAAGACUUUCGACAGUUGGAAGAUGACCCGCGGGAGAGGCCACGAUUCAAAGUAUCAUCAGUGCAGACGUUCCCGACAGCGACCUUUCCUUUGGCAGCCUUUAGGGAGCCUGACAGUGAUGUGGAUACCGUGACGCAGCCGGUCAGGCCAAAGUUGACACCAUCGAUAACGAUAUCGUUCGAUCACGCGGACGACUCCGAGCCCGCACCCAACGACAACGAGGCGGACGACGAAGUGCCGUGCCCAGAGAAUACCACAAGCGAACACCUUUUGAAGCCGGAGAGCUACUCUCGGAUUGACCUUGGGGACGAAAGAUCUCAAGAGGGUGAAUUAGAAGGGAAGAAAAAUGAUAAGGUGAAAGAACCUGAUAAACCGAAGCAGGAUAAUUUGACAGCAACGAUGAGAAGGGCAAAUUUCAGAAAUAGCAGCAACAAUCCUGUGAUGUCCGGGAGUCUCAGUGUUUCCUCGACUCCUCCAGCAACUCCUUCACCACAAGCGACCAAACCUAUAUUGAAGAAAUCGUUAAUCCAACCCUUAACGAGAAUGAUGUCUGCUCCCGCUGCCGGAAGGAGCGCUCCUACCAGAGGACGUCUGGUUAAAGACAACAAUUUCAAGGCAGAAACCACGGACCUCGACUACGAUGAGGACGAUAUCGUCACUGUACAGAAGGAGAGAAACAUAAAGUCUGCUCCUGCCCGGAGAAAGUUUACAGGUGGGCGGCGGAAAGUCUCGAAGAGUCAUGAAGAUGACAGCUCAGAAGAGGAGAACUACGGAGAACCCCUGCCAGCUCCUGCCAAGCCCCGGAACCGCAAAAGAUUCAUAGAGCGGGGAGCAGACAUCGUGACCAUGGUGUCGCUGCUCAGCCCCAAUGAAAGUGAGGGCGAGGAUCUUCCAGAACCAGUCGUGCAGCUGCCUCAGGAGUCGCCUUGGUCUCGCUCUCAUGGUACCCAACAGGAAGACACCAAGUCAAACCCCGCCUCCUCUGCCGCCACUACCGUCACCAUCACUACUCCUGCCACCACCCCUGCCAUCGUCUGCCUGCGCAAGUUUCCAGCCAAGACCGUGAGUUUCCAGCAGGGCGGAUCCCGCAGUUAUACGGCCAGCUUUCCCUCACGGCGCGGGGCCGGUUCUCUACUCGUACUACCGCCCUCGGAGCCGCCCUCGCCGCCGCCCGCGAGCACACCGGCCCCAGCGACACCACCGCCUCCAUUGGUGCGCCGUCGUCUCGUCAAGGCCAAAAGUACAGGCAACAUCGGCCAAGACAGCAGCUGUGAUGGUGAGCCUCCAUCUGAGGUAGAGACUGAACAGCAAGCACUCACUCCACCACCCCCCACUGCCUCGACCACUGUCCCCUCUGUGGAGCCCCCUCCAGACCCUGAUGCUGAGCCCAACUUCAAGACUGAUAAGGAGCGCCAGUGCUGGCAGAUGUUCCGUAAGAUGGCAGAUAAGGGGGUGGCCAUCUCCUACGACACAGUCUUGAGAGGUAUGCUGACGCCUACGGAGUAUCGGUUGCACAAAAAAUCUAUGUCUUCCACGUGUUGAAGCGUCAAAGCAACACCAACCAAGAUAACUCAAAGGAUAUGAAACGACAAGUCAGGAGCAUUUGUAACUAUACAUCUAAAUUGUAUAUCACAGAAAGAUCUCUAUUAUUGUUGAAGUCAUUGAGUAUGAGUAAUCUCAGGGUAUUUUUCUGCCAUAGUCAAAAAAUAUCAGUGCCAGUUGGUUAUUUUGGUCACUUGGUAAUAACUUAAUUUGUAUGCACAACUAUCAAUUUUCCAAAAAACCACCAAGUUUUAAUAACAUGAAAUGGAAUAAAAAGUAAAAAAAUCCUUGAUUAUAUCAAAUUAAGAGUAUCUCGUAUUUGUAAUAAAUCCAGGUGAAGAUUAUGUGUUAAAGCUUUCUGACUAAAUAUAUCUCAGAAAAUUUGAUGAUUUAGUCAUAUAAUACUAAAAUUGUGCAUCACACAUUAGACUUGUAGAUGUGGUAAGUGUUCAUCAAAACAAUGACAGAGUGGAGUAGACAGAAUAUAACAUAUGUUGUUUUUAAUUUAAUAUAUGAAAGUUGAAAAUACAUAAAUAGAAGAAAGUGUUAUCAGUCUGUAAACAGCACAUUCAACAUAUAUUGUGGAGGAAUAUUAAAAAAAAUUGUCUAAAAACUUCAAAACACUACUUCUAUAUACUGCCAAAACUUUCACUUCCUUAGAGGAAACCUAAUUCCAUCCCAACUUCUGUUAUACCAUUUUGUUUCAUCUCCAUACUAUAUCAACUGUUUAAUGUCCCACAAAAGACCAUUUUAGACACAUCAGUAAAUCCAACUAUCACAAGCUCCAUUUAUCAACAUGAUGCCAUUUUAAUUGAAACUCUUGUUUUAAAUAACAAUACUCAACUUCAUAAACACUGUUAUGUUUCUUCCUUUUUCACCAGUAACUGGAGUUGUCAAGUUACUGCUUUGUAAUACUUUUGUUCCCUUCCCCAAACAUUUUUUCACUAAAAGCUCUUUUUAAUAAUUUGAAAAUUUCAGUAAAUAGAAAGGUGAGCCUAAUUAUUUUCACUAAAGAUUAUUUCUACCAAUUGAAAAUAUAUUGCACAGUCAUUGGUAGACUAUUAUUAAUUUUCUGAUAGUUGGAAAAUUUUGUAGUAAAAGUGUUUAUUUACCAAAGAAUAAAUAAUAUAAUUGAUAAAAUCACACUAGCAGAUCAAAUAACAUUGCUAUAUCUGUUUAUGAACAAUACCAUCACUCAUCAUGUCUGUGGUAGAAGAUUGAUGGGACAUAUUGUCCAUUUCAUAACACAUUCCAUUUUUGUUGUGUGUUUAUAUUUUGGGUAACCCUUGAACAUAUUUGUAAGAACUCACUUAGAAGUCCAAUGAGUCUUUUUAACAAAAGCUGGGGUUUAAUUGAGGAUAAUUUAUUAUAGAAAUCUUAAUUCAAUUAAAACUUAAGCAAACCCCAUUAAGAAUUAUGUCAAUGGAUAAUAUAGAAUACACUAAAGAUGUAUAUAACUUAUAUUUAAGUUUUAUUACACAAGAAGGGUUCUGAUUUAUUUCAGCAUGGUGUACUAAGUUGUACUGACCAUUUAGAAAUCCUUUGUUUGAAACUAUGUACAGUUUAGUGACAGGGACUCAUAGAACAACAUAACUGUAGAAACUAUGUGGGUUAAGGCCAUAACAAUGAUAAGUGAUGAUGUGAAAUCGUGCCUACAAACGCUUAUACCAUAUCCUCAAGCACAACUUUAUAGAUUAAAUAAGAUAUAUGUUAGUUGAUACAUGGACAUAGAGCUAUAUUAUGUGUUACGUACUUAUAUAAAGUUUGUGAAUUACAUAUAAAAUGUAUUUUUAGAAAUGAAGAUAUGUUAUUGAGAAAGUUGUUAUACACAAUGAAAAUGUUUGUUGUUCAUUGAGUAACAAAUUAAACUUUUA